AAAUCUCAGGUUACUUGACCGGGAGUUCUCAGACCUCCCGUUUCAGCCCUGCCCUCAGCCUCCCGUCGGGGAGAGACACCAGCCCCAGCAAUUGGAUUGGGCAGCCCGUCUUGACACACCACUGUGCUGAGUGCUUGAGGACGUGUUUCACCAGAUGGUUGGGGUUAGUGUGUGUCAUCACGUUCGAGUGGGGAUUAGGAGCAGGAAGGCAGCCUUGCUGGAGCUGUGUGGUCUUCUCCUAGUGAGAGUUGCAAGCAUCAGAACGACUUUGCUUGUGGAACAAGAGGAGGGAUUCAUUUUCUGCAGCCCCAAGGAAAGCAGGUUGUUUUCCUCCAGGGUGCCAGUGCCCAAGGCCUGUCCUCUAGAGAAGACUUUGAAGGCAGCGGUUGUGCUGACGACCACCCAGCAUCCUCUGAAGCAGCUGAAUUUGGCAAAUGAUAUGCAGGUUUUCCAAGACAGAGUAAUUGCUGAAACCCUUCAAAGGACCCAUCUACAGAUGUGCUGAACACCCGAGUAGAGAAACUGAGUUUUCAACCAGGACACCUAAUUCAAGACCUGCAGAAACCAGGAGGCUGAGGCGUUUUGCCCGUUUUGCGACAUGGGACCAAACGUGAGGAAGUGUUCCUGCUGGGCUCUGGUUCUGGCUGUCCUGGGCACGGAGCUGCUGGGCAGCCUCUGUUCGACUGUCAGGUCCCCGAGGUUCAGAGGACGGGUGCUGCAGGAGCGAAAAAACAUCCGACCCAACAUCAUUCUGGUGCUCACUGAUGACCAAGAUGUGGAGCUGGGGUCCCUGCAAGUCAUGAACAAAACGAGAAGGAUCAUGGAGCAGGGAGGGGCCACCUUCACCAACGCCUUUGUGACCACGCCCAUGUGCUGCCCUUCCCGCUCCUCCAUGCUCACGGGGAAGUACGUGCACAACCACAACGUCUACACCAACAACGAGAACUGCUCCUCACCCUCGUGGCAGGCGAUGCACGAACCUCGGACUUUUGCUGUGUAUCUUAACAACACUGGCUACAGAACAGCCUUUUUUGGAAAAUACCUCAAUGAAUAUAAUGGCAGCUACAUCCCUCCCGGGUGGCGAGAAUGGCUUGGAUUAAUCAAGAAUUCUCGUUUCUAUAAUUACACUGUUUGUCGCAAUGGCAUCAAAGAAAAGCAUGGAUUUGAUUAUGCAAAGGACUACUUCACAGACUUAAUCACUAACGAGAGCAUUAAUUACUUCAAAAUGUCUAAGAGAAUGUAUCCCCAUAGGCCCAUUAUGAUGGUGAUCAGCCACGCUGCGCCCCACGGCCCCGAGGACUCGGCCCCACAGUUUUCAAAACUGUACCCCAAUGCUUCCCAGCACAUAACUCCGAGUUACAACUACGCACCAAACAUGGACAAGCACUGGAUUCUGCAGUAUACGGGGCCCAUGCUACCCAUCCACAUGGAAUUCACAAACGUUCUGCAUCGCAAAAGGCUCCAGACGCUCAUGUCGGUGGAUGAUUCUGUGGAAAGGCUGUAUGACAUGCUGGUGGAGACAGGGGAGCUGGAGAACACUUACAUCAUUUACACCGCCGACCACGGUUACCACAUCGGGCAGUUUGGACUGGUCAAGGGGAAAUCCAUGCCAUAUGACUUUGAUAUUCGUGUGCCUUUCUUUAUUCGUGGGCCAAGUGUAGAACCUGGAUCCAUAGUCCCCCAGAUUGUCCUAAACAUCGACCUGGCCCCAACGAUCCUGGACAUCGCUGGGCUCGACCCGCCUCCCGACGUGGACGGCAAGUCUGUCCUCAAACUUCUGGACCUGGAAAAGCCAGGUAACAGGUUUCGAACAAACAAAAAGGCCAAAAUCUGGCGUGAUACAUUCCUGGUGGAAAGAGGGAAAUUUCUACGUAAGAAAGAAGAAUCCAACAAGAAUAUCCAACAGUCAAAUCACUUGCCCAAAUAUGAGAGGGUCAAAGAACUGUGCCAGCAAACCAGGUACCAGACAGCCUGCGAACAGCCUGGGCAGAAGUGGCAGUGCAUUGAGGACGCAUCGGGCAAGCUUCGAAUUCACAAGUGUAAAGGAUCCAGCGACCUGCUCCCCGUCAGGCAGAGCACGCGGAACCUCUACUCUCGCGGCUUCCACCACAAGGACAAAGAGUGCAAUUGUGGAGAGUCUGGCUAUCGCGCCAGCAGGAGCCAGAGGAAGAGUCAGAGGCAGUUCCUGAGAAACGAGGGGACUCCGAAGUACAAGCCCAGGUUCGUCCACACUCGGCAGACGCGUUCCUUGUCAGUUGAAUUUGAAGGCGAAGUAUAUGACAUAAAUCUGGAAGAGGAAGAACUGCAAGUGUUGCAGCCAAGAAACAUUGCCAAGCGUCAUGAUGAAGGCCACCAGGGGCCAGGGGGUCGCCAAGCUGCCAGCGGUGGCCCUGGGGAUGCUGCGCUGGCCAACAGUGGCAAUGCUGUGGGCCUGCCCACCACCGUCCGAGUGACCCACAAGUGCUUUAUUCUUCCAAACGAUACAAUCCAUUGUGAGAGAGAACUGUAUCAGUCGGCCAGAGCGUGGAAGGACCACAAGGCGUACAUCGACAAAGAGAUCGAAGCUUUGCAAGAUAAAAUUAAGAAUUUAAGAGAAGUGCGAGGGCACCUGAAGCGGAGGAAGCCCGGGGAGUGUGUCUGCAGUAAACAGAGCUAUUACAAUAAAGAGAAAGGUGCAAAAAAACAAGAGAAAUUGAAGAGCCAUCUCCACCCAUUCAAGGAAGCCGCCCAAGAAGUGGACAGCAAACUGCAGCUUUACAAGGAGAACCGCAGGAGGAAGAAGGAGAGGAAGGAGAAAAAACGCCAGAGGAAGGGGGAGGAGUGCAGCCUCCCCGGCCUGACCUGCUUCACGCACGACAACAACCACUGGCAGACCGCCCCCUUCUGGAGCCUGGGGUCGUUCUGUGCCUGCACCAGUUCCAACAACAACACCUACUGGUGUUUGCGUACAGUUAACGAGACACAUAAUUUUCUCUUCUGUGAGUUCGCCACGGGCUUUUUGGAGUAUUUUGAUAUGAAUACAGAUCCUUAUCAGCUCACGAAUACGGUGCACACGGUUGAACGGGGCAUUUUGAACCAGUUACACGUACAGCUGAUGGAACUCAGAAGCUGCCAAGGGUAUAAGCAGUGCAACCCAAGACCUAAGGGCCUGGAAGUGGGAAAUAAAGAUGGAGGAAGCUAUGACCUACACAGCCCACGAGGGACAGAGCAGAAGAACCCACUCUUAAGUUGGUCGCACCCAGGAUACGGGCUGACAAGAGGACAGUUAUGGGAUGGGUGGGAAGGUUAGCCUUCCCAGUCCCACUGCAGGCAGCAGCUGGCAAGGCCUGGAGCGUUUAUGCAGCAUGAAUGGAAGCGUCUGUGAGUACAGACAGAACUAUAGACUUAGUCUGGUUGACUGGCCUAAUUACUUGGAAGACAUAGCUAGAGUAUUUGCACUGCUGAAUGGUUACCACGAGCAAAAUAAAACAAGUAAGACUAAAACUGCUCAAAGUGAUGGGUUCCUGGGUGUAUCUACUGAGCUCUCUGUGCCGGUAGAGAUGGCCCCCACUGAGUCGGAUGAAGACCCAAGUCUUGUAUGGCUGGGGAAGCCCCUCGUUGGACCUUGCCAACCAACUUUCAAACCCUGCAUCUGAACCGACCAACAUUCAGUCCGGAAAGUAAACUUGAAUGAAAUAAUGACAUUCCAGAAGUUGUCUUUGAAUUCUGAACACUGGAGAAAUCAUGAAACUGCCAAAUGGAUGGAGUGUGAAGAGUUGAAUCAUCUUGAACCUGACCUCAGUGGUAGUGACAUGCCCAAGCUGGUGUUCAAGCCCAGCCCCAGCCUGCAGCCCAUCACCAGGCGCCAGAAAGGACCUCCCUGGGAUGGUGGCCAAGGAGAAGAUGUUUCGAAGAUCAGUGUAUCUUCCUGUGCACUCUGACGUGGAUGCCACUCCUCAGAUGGUCAGAGUGUCCACCUUGGAGAAGCCCAUCAACUCCAGUAGUAUGGAGAGCAUGUCGAACAAGGUGGAGAAAAGUCAUAGAAGGGGGACUGAUUACAUGAAAUUGUUACCUUACCUAAACACAGUAUUGUUUUUAACUUUUCGUUAGUAAACUAAUAAAGGCAAUCAUGACAGCCAACAUUCCAAGCUACCCUAGGCACCUACGUGCAGUAGAAGUCAGUGCGCAUGUCAGCAAACGCACAGAGACCAGUGUUGUAAUUCACUAUGUGUCGAGAGUAGGGAGCAGGGUGACGUGUGGAUUUUUGUUGGUUUAGGGGAUACUAAAACAGUAUUAUCUUUGGAAAGUUGUAGGGACAUGCAUCUAUACAUGCUAUCCUAACAAGAUGGCUAGAAUUGUGCCUUCCUGAUUCCCAAAACCGGACCUCCUCCGUGAAUCUUCCAACACACUUUCUACUGCCUAUGUUGUGUGGUUUGGAUUCAUUUUAACCACUGGAGUUUUUUGAUGCCAUCACUUUCUAGGUCACUGAUUUUGCACUUUGAGAUCGAAAUGCCAUGUCUCUUUGAUUAGUCUUAUUUUCUUACAGGCUUCUCACAGUCUCGCUGCUUGUUCUCAGUGUGACAAAGGAAAAUAGACCCCCGAGGACAGCACACAGUAUGGGUCCCAUAUUGUUUAACAUACUCUUUUGCCAGAAACUAUUGCAUGUUUUCUCUCGACUUGCUAAACUUGAUUAGCAGAAAGGCAUGGCUAAUGAUGCUGGCAGGAAAAACAAAUAGGCCAAACAAAGAUUGCCUGCUCUCUCUGUGCCUAGCCUCAAAGUGUUCAUUGUAUGCUUACGAUUGCUAAAUUUUUAUUAUUUUCAUAACAGGAUAAAAGGACUAAAGACUUAUUUUUCCAUCUUCAUUUUGUUUCCUUGACCUGGCCAAUAAGCUAAAGGGUUAAGAAAAUAUAUUUCAUUUUGAAUUUACAUAAAAUACUUUUCCAGUAAAACACAGUCCUGAAUGUGUCACGAUUCAAACACACCGUAGGUGUUGUGUGAUUACUUCUGAGACCAAGUUCUGAUUUCUAAAGGCGUCAUUCAAAACUGCUUUUCCCAUUGCGUUCUUGAAAAUACUCUUUUUCCGUAUCAGAUUUUUUAAAUACCAGCAAAAGGAUUACCUCAUUGAAAGCUAUCAGUAUCCUAAUCAACUUCUCAGUAAUAGCUUAACAGUGAUUUUUUUUUUUUAGGUAAUACAAACACAUAGGUAAAUUAUGUUUCCUUUAAGUGUUUAAGGUAAACUCUUUUAAAGAAAAUUUAAUAUGUUAUAGUUGAAUCUUUGAUAACUUUAAGUCUUUAUUAGAGACUCUGUACAUAUGUUAAAAUUAACUAGCUCCUUAUCAGAUGUGCGUGUCAUUGGCUGAAUGGCAGAAGAAACAUAUUUAUGGUCACGAAUGAUGUGCUUUGUAAAAAGGCUUCAAGUUAUUAGGAAGCAUACUGUGUUUUUUUAAUCUUGUGUAAUAUUCUGUGAUACUUUUAUAGAACAAUUCUGGCUUCAGGAAAGUCUAGAAGCAUUAUUUCUUGAAAUAAAAGGUGUUUAAACUUUA